UCGUGUUGUGUGGGCCGGGGCUGCCUGAUUGCUUCUUGUUCAAGGGUGAUGAUAUGUGAUUGGAGUUAAAGAUGAUGAAUUAAGGCGGAGUAUAUAUAUAAGUUAAUUAGGACGUUGUGUUUUGAUUGGGUGAGAAUUAAGAAUAUGGGGCACGGGGGGUGGUGCAGGAAAGUGAAGGUGAAGAGAGGUUUGUGGUCUCCCGAGGAAGACGAGAAGCUGGUGAAUUGUAUAAGGAGAAGGAGUGGUGGUGGAAAUGGGCAUGCUUUUUCCUGGAGUAGCGUGCCUAAAUUGGCAGGGUUGGCGAGAUGUGGGAAGAGCUGCCGGUUGAGGUGGAUCAACUACCUGAGACCAGAUCUGAAGAGGGGUAGCUUCAGCGCCGAGGAAGAGAGGACCAUCGUGGACGUCCACCGGAUCCUGGGGAACCGAUGGGCCCAGAUAGCCAAGCAUCUCCCCGGCAGAACUGACAACGAGAUCAAGAACUUCUGGAACUCCUGCAUCAAGAAGAAGCUCCUUGCCCAAGGCCUGGAUCCCAAUACCCACAAUCUUCUCCGCCCGCCGCCUCCGCCUCCUCAACCAACAUUAAUAUCAUCAUCGUCGUCCAAUAAUAACACCACCUGCCCAGUCGGAGCCAUACCCGUUCACCUGGCGGGUGAUCCGGCCAGACCAACUACUUAUAAUAAUUGCAUCAAUACUGCUACUAAUCCCAGCCAACAGUUGCACAGGAUGUGGGAAUUAGAUGAUAUCACUCUAGAGCCUCACCCUGCAUAUGAUCACCACGUUCCUGCUCCUGCUCAAUUAAAGGAUUUUGAUUUUGAUUUUGAUUUUAUCCAUGAUUUUCAGGAGGAUUCGGUGAUGGAUGUGAUACCAAAUUCCCUUCUCAAUUACAACCACCACCCCGAUUAUCAAUAAUUCAAUCUGCUGCAUCCGCGGGUUUUUAGCUUCCAACUAGCUACCAACCGUCUUCUUACUUUAAUCUACCUACUUAUUAGGCUAUUAUACCUUUAGCUAGCAGCUUCUGUAAUAUAUAUGUACAUUAUAUUAUAUUCAUUC